AUGUCUUCUCCAAAUCCCAAUCUCUGCACUGAAAAUCUUAUCCUUCGUCCCGCCAUCGCUUCCGAUGCCGCCCCCCUCGCAGCCAUUUUUGCCAACCCCCUCAACACCCAACAUGAACCACACAGACCAAGCAACCCAACGGUAGAAGAAUACCAAGGCCGAAUCGCAAAAUGGGAGGACCUGCGCGCUUGUGGGAAGGCCUACUUUCUGGUCAUAACCCGACGUCUAACAGUUUCAUCACCUGCGGAUGGCGUUAUUGGAUUCGGUGGCAUCAAUGCUAUCUCUACGGACGCCCAGGGUAAGCGAGUUGCGGACUUGGGUGUGCUGAUUGAUAGCUCCGAGUGGAGGAAGGGGUACGGGCGGGAAGCGUUGCAGGCUACGUUGGACUUUGCAUUCCGGAAGGUGGAGGAGGAGGGCGUCGGGUGCGAGGAAGCGUAUUUUGAGACAUUGGCCGUGAAUACGCCGUUUCAAGGACUUGCUGGUCGGAUGGGGUUGGAGAAGUGGAAGCAAGUGAAGAGUGAGGGAAAGGAGGUUGAAUACAGGUUCAGCAAGGAGGAUUGGGAGGGAAUGAAGAAUGGAAGUGCGUAA